AAACAAAAAAAAAUCUGCAGAUCCCUAAAAGUUCAAAGAAAAAAAAGAGGGGAACCCUAGAUUUUCUCCCCCCUGCUUCCCCACUCGCCUGCUUCCCCACUCGCCUGCUGUCCCCGUUUGGUGUUUUUGCUUCGCUCUCUCCACGUGAGAUUCUGUUUCCUUCUUUGGUUUCUCUGUCGCUUUCUGGGUACCUGUUUGGCUGCCGAGAAAAUGCGGGAAAAAGUUUAGGUGCUAAGGUGAAUUAUCUAUUGGAAAGAUUUGAUUUUUGUUUUCAUGGGAGCCAAUGGGUUGGUAAUGUCUUGUGGGUAUGAGAAGGAUUCUAGUGAAUCCAAAUGUGGCUGACUUCAGAAUGGAUUCUCAGGAGAAUCGGGUCAAUGGAAAUGGGGAUGAAAAUAUGGUUGACAUUGUGGAUGAAUCGCAGAACCGAGAUGUAGGAAAUGUUCAUGACCCUAAAGCAGGGGGACUUGGUACUAGUGGGGAUGUGGAUCUUGAGCCGCGAGAUGGUAUAGAGUUUGAUUCACACGAGGCAGCAUACUCGUUCUAUCAAGAAUAUGCAAAAUCUAUGGGUUUUACCACGUCGAUAAAGAAUAGCCGCCGUUCAAAGAAAACAAAAGAAUUCAUUGAUGCCAAGUUUGCCUGUUCUAGAUAUGGAGUGACUCCUGAAUCUGAGAGUGGUAAUAGCAGACGGUCAAGUUUGAAGAAAACAGAUUGCAAAGCAAGUAUGCAUGUGAAGAGAAGGCCUGAUGGGAAAUGGAUAAUUCACGAGUUCAUCAAGGGUCACAAUCACGAGCUCCUGCCUGCUCUUGCUUACCAUUUCCGGAUUCAGAGGAACGUUAAGUUAGCCGAGAAGAAUAAUAUUGACAUUCUUCAUGCUGUCAGCGAACGGACAAAGAAAAUGUAUGUCGAGAUGUCAAGACACUCGGGUGGAUUAAAGAAGAUUGAGUUGCCUCAGUCUGAAAUUGACAGUCAGCUUGAUGAUAUGGGUCGAUAUCUGGUGAUGGAGGAAGGUGAUUCUCAAGUAAUGCUUGAGUACUUCAAGCGUAUCAAGAAGGAAAACCCGAAAUUCUUUUACGCAAUAGACCUAAAUGAGGAGCAACGUUUGAGAAAUCUGUGUUGGGUUGAUGCCAAGAGCAGAGAUGAUUAUACGAGUUUCAGUGAUGUUGUAUCAUUCGAUACUACUUAUGUCAAGUUCAACGAGAAAUUGCCGUUGGCUCUUUUCGUCGGGGUGAACCACCAUUUCCAACCUAUGUUGCUUGGCUCUGCAUUGGUUGCAGAUGAGUCGAAAGAGACAUUCGUCUGGUUGUUAAAGACGUGGCUUCGAGCAAUGGGUGGUAGAGCUCCGAAAGUGAUACUCACUGAUCAAGACAAAGUCUUGAUGGCAGCCAUUUCAGAAGUCUUGCCAAACACUCACCAUUGUUUCGCGCUGUGGCACGUGUUGGAAAAGAUUCCCGAGUCUUUCUCCCACGUGAUGAAAAGGCAUGAAAAUUUUCUGCGAAAAUUCAACAAGUGCGUUUUCAGAUCUUGGACAGAUGAUCAAUUUGAUAUGAGAUGGUGGAAAAUGGUCACCCGAUUUGAACUUCAGGAUGACGAGUGGAUUCAGUGGUUGUAUGAACACCGGAAAAAGUGGGUGCCCACUUUUAUGAGCAAUGUGUUUCUGGCGGGAAUGUCUACGUCUCCCCGUUCUGAAAGUAUGAACUCAUUCUUCGAUAAAUACAUCCACAAGAAAAUCAGGCUGAGAGAGUUCAUUAAGCAAUAUGGUGCAAUUCUGCAGAAUCGGUACGAGGAAGAAUCUGUUGCAGAUUUCGAUACAUGGCACAAGCAGCCUGCACUUAAAUCUCCCUCACCAUGGGAGAAGCAAGUUUCGGCAGUUUACACCCACACGAUAUUUAAGAAAUUCCAAGUCGAGGUUUUGGGGGUUGUGGCUUGCCAUCCUAAAAAGGAAAGUGAAGAUGAAACAAUGUUGACAUUUAGGGUUCAAGACUGUGAAAAAGAAGAUGAAUUUCUCGUGACAUGGAAUAAGGCGAAUUCAGAACUUUGCUGUUUCUGCCGCAUGUUUGAGUACAAAGGGUUUCUUUGUAGGCACGCAUUGAUGGUUCUACAAAUAUGCGGUUUCCCGAGCAUACCGCCUCAAUAUGUUUUGAAAAGGUGGACAAAAGAUGCUAAGAGCAGACAACCGAGUGAAGAAGUUACCGAUCAGUUUCAGACCGGAAGGGUUCAGCGUUAUAACGAUUUGUGUAGACGGGCCAUUGAAUUGAGCGAAGAAGGUUGCCUGUCUGAAGAGAAUUACAACAUUGUUCUACGUACCCUAGUUGAAACCCUCAAGAACUGUGUUGAUCUGAAUAAUUCAAGAAGCAACAUUCUUGAAUCUAACAGCCAACCUCACAAUCCCGGUGAAGAAGAGAAUCAGGCAAUAGCUUCUGCAAAAUCUUCUAAAAAGAAGACCAUUGUCCGGAAAAGAAAGGGGCAACCAGAAGCUGAUCAAAUGCUUAUUGAGCCUCAGCCUAAUCUUCAGCAAAUGGACAACCUUAGCUCCGAGGGAAUGAACCUUAACGGUUUCUAUGGGACUCAACAGAACGUUCAAGGAUUGUUAAACUUAAUGGAACCACCUCAUGAAGGCUACUUUGUAAACCAACGAAGCAUCCAAGGCCUGGGACAACUGAAUUCCAUAGCUCCUGUGCACGAGAGCUUCUUCACAAAUCAACAAGCCAUUCCUGGACUGGCCCAGCUGGAUUUCCGGCCACCACCGACCAGUUUCAGUUAUAUACAGGAUGAGCAUCAUUUGAGAUCUGCCCAGUUACCGAGCAGUUCUUCCAGACAUAUAUGAACAAGACAGAGAGUACCUUUGCUUGUUUCCCCUUGUUCCAUUCUUGAAGCUUUCCAAGCAGUUGUUUUUUAUGAAAGCUUCAGAUCCUUCUGAGGAACUGAGUUACAACUUACAAGACAGAUGUAAUCUUCCAGUUUAGGUUUCUCCUCUGUUUAAGACAACUGAUAUAGCUUCAGAACACUUCACAAUCAACCAUCAUCCUCUGUAAAUUGUGGGGUUCCUUUGGGUUU